GUUCGGAAGAAAUCACGCGCGAGAGAUUGCUCUGUCGUUCCGGUCGUAAAAUAAUAGGUAAGAAAUUCGUGGACAGUCGGCCGAAUCGUACCACGUCGAGCGAUUAACAGUGAUUUCGCGAUACGGUGUAGCGCGGGACUCGCGCGAGCUCGGUGUUCGCCAAAAAUAAUAAAGAUCAAUCGCUCGCGAAAUCACACUUGCCGGACAGCUGGCGUGGAAGUUGGCGGGAAAGUGGCUGCUGCACGCAGGCCCGCCAACUUCGUUUUCGCAAACUCUCUAGCGGCCGCCAGCGCCUCGAGCGCAGGACUGACAACUGUUGCACGGCAGACGAACGUUUGUUGUUGUGCCGGGUCGCGCUUCAUAACCUCGCGUCGUCGUUUCGUAGCUCGUCGAAAAUGUCAUCGUGCACGGAUCUGCUGCGGUUGAAUGAGAAACGGUUGUUCAAAGACAUUAAAGCGAGCCUGUCGUGCCGUGCCAAAGAGACCCGCAACAUUCUCGAAGUACGCGACAACGUGCUGUACGUGUGGAAUGCCGACAAGUGUUGCGUGCUUACCUUCAACGUCGCGGCGACGAUAGGCAAACUCGGCGAAGACGUCCCGUACCAAUCGCUACAACCUACGGAUCCACCAAUUUUUGAAGUCACAAAUGUACUGAUAAACGAGACAGGAACGCAGUUGGCAUUAUGGGGCAACUUGGGCAUCUCUCUCAUGGUGCUACCGAAACGAUGGGGCAAGGACGCCGUUUACGAGGGUGGCAAGGAAGCGAUUCUCUGCACAAAUCAUAAUUUUGGAGAUUUUGGAGCAAGCGCGGAAAUUCGACGAACACGAUGGCAUCCGGGUUCUCCGAAUGACUCGCAUCUAUUGGUUUUGACAUCAGAGAACUCUUUUCGUUUGUACGAGUGCGACCUGGGUGGUGCACCCAGACUCGUAAAUUGCUGGAAGGUCGGCCGUGCACCAUCGAGCCCGCCUUCGAAGAUCCCGGGUUUUGCAUCCCUUGGUGAGACUGCGGUGGAUUUCGAUUUUGCCACUCCUACCCUAAGAAAGCCGGAUAUGUUCGCCUAUAAAAGCAUCAACGAGAUAAAAGACACAGUCGACUGGAAUCAGAUCGAAUGGCCGAUCUUGGUUCUCCGAGGAAACGGUGAAGUGCUAAUCGUUUAUGGGAACAUCUUAUUGGAAAACUACGAGGAUCCAGUGGUACUAGGUUCGUUGUCUAUGUAUCCGCCGGCCGACGAUAAUUACGGAAUAGAUUCAUGCUCUAUCAUGUGUCUGCAAACUACCCCGCCAAUAGUGAUCAUCGCCAUGUGCACUGGAAAGAUUUAUCACGCGAUACUAUUGCGCGAAAUAUUGAACGACGAGGACGACAAGGCCGAUAGAAAGACUUGGUCGCAGUAUGGUUCAACUUAUAGUCUUCACACACCCGACGACGCACUUUAUGUUUACGAAUGUGUCGAACUGGAACUUGGUCUCCUCUUCACGGAUGAAGAUAAAAAGUAUAAUUGUCCUAUCCAUCUUCAUUCUGAUAAGGGCAACAAAUCGAGAUAUUUUUGCUCUCAUAAUGCCGGGAUUCACAUGGUGAGUUUACCGAUGGUCUCUCAACUAGAGGAAUUUAUACAUGAUAACAACGAAAAUUAUUUACUAUCUUUGUCAAACCAAUCAACUUUGCAAUAUUUAUUCUCUACGAGAACAAAACAUACGAGCGUAGACGAGGCUACACCGAUACUCGGUUUUGGUCUACUUCAAGAACCUUGUAUUUUAAUCGCAUUGUUGCACACAGGCAUCGUGAUCGAUCUUUCGGUUAUAGAUCUUUAUUAUCUCCCAAGGAUCGAACAAUUAGAACCCAUCGCCAAUACUACGAAAAAGGUGAAUAAGGAACCGUUUGACAUGUAUAUUAAAAGAUUACUAAGGCGCGAAGUAUCACAACCCAUAACAAAAAUAGGAUCUCGCUCGAUGUCUUUGAGCGAAUCCCUAGAGUUUUUGUAUCACGCUACAAAUAUCUUUCGCACUCAACAUUUUGUUCAACAUGACAAAGUUCGGGAAGAAAUCAGUAAAAAGGUCCGCGCUAUGAAAGCUUUGAAAACUCAUCUGUUCAAAGAACUCGUUACUUUAAUGGAAACUAAAAAAGAAUUACGGCACACUGCCGAACGUUUAGCCGAACGAUACGAAGAUAUUAAUGAUAAGCAGAAAGAAUUAGCGCGUAGAGCAGAGGAAGCUCUAAGACUGGUAAAUUACAAGGAACCGACAAUGACUGCUGUCGAGCGAGCAGAGGCAGAAGAAUUGAAGAAAAUGAGCAUAAAGAUACAUGACAUGCAAAUACGACUUGAACAACUAAAGAAAAAAUCUGUUCAACAGAUUAAACAUGCAGACGCUACUGAAUCUAAUGAAAAAAGAAAAGAAAUUGUUUUUACACAAAGCCAAGAGAAUGCAACAAAGGAGACUCUUUCUCAAAUGACAAAAAAUAUUAAAAAUUUGAUGGAUCAGGCAAAACAAAUUAAAGCAGAGAUUAAUCUUUCAUACAUUAGCAAACAGUAAUAGUAAAUAUUAUCAUUAUCUUAACUGUAAGUUAAUUUUACAUCAAAUUUCGUGCAUACAAUAUAUAUGAAAGAAUAUUUUUGUAGAUAAUUGUAACUUUACCUAUUUUUAUAUUGUAAUUUUACCUAUUUUGAGAAAUUCCUAUAUAAUCCAUAUAAAUUAUUUAUUUUUUUCCUUGUUUCAUUACUAUCACUUGUACCAUCACUAUCACUAGCGCUAUAUUACUAAAAUAAAUACGCCACAAAAAUA